UCCGCCAUCUCUCUCGUUUGGCAGCAGUUCAUCCAUGCCGCAGUCGGACAACGUGUUCUUCAUUCUAUCAGGCUGGUCUCUCCGUUGAACUUGGAUUCUCCAAAUUUCCACCAAUAUUUCUAGUUUCAUCUCAUCAGUUUCUUAAAUGGCACCGAAAAAGGCCGCUCCCGGCAAAACCCCGGCGCCCGCCCCUGCCGCAGCCAAAAAGGAGGCCAAGGCUCCUGCAGCAGCAGCAGCACCAAAGGGGAGUGGUAAAACCCCAGCGCCUGCCCCUGCUGCCGCCAAGGUCACAGAGAAGAAGGCGCCGGCUCCAGCUGCUGCACCCAAGGCAAAAGCUCCAGCUCCAGCCCCCAAGGUUGCUGAGAAGAGGCCCGCACCAGUAGCCGCAGCGGUUAAGAAGGAGGAACCUAAACCAAAAGAAGUUCCAGCUCCCGCAGCAGUGGCUCCAGAGGUGAAAAAGGCCAAGACAGAAGCCAAAGCGGCUAAGAAGGCAGAGAAGAAGGCUGCCAAGAAAGCUACUCCAGCAAAGAAAGCAGCAACUCCACUUCGAGGAAAGGGUACAGCGUCAAAGAAAAAGAAGGUCGCCGCCAAGUUUGUUGUUGAUUGCACAUUGCCAGCUGAAGAUAGUUUGUUCAACUGUGGAGACUUUGAAAAAUUUCUCCGAGAAAGGAUCAAGAUCAAUGGAAAGACCAGCAACUUUGGUAGCGCUCUGAGUAUCGAACGGGGAGACAAAAAUAAAAUCAUUGUCAAUGCUAGCUGUCCGUUCUCCAAGAGAUACCUCAAGUACCUAACAAAGAAGUAUUUGAAGAAGAACUUGCUCCGAGAUACUCUACGAGUUAUUGCAACCACGAGAGAUAGUUAUGAGCUAAGAUACUUCCAGAUUGGUGGGGAAGCCGACGAAGAAGAAGAGACGAACGAGUAACUCACGAUGUAGUUCAAGGUUGUUUUACACUGCACUAAUCUGUGUAUUUUUCUUACACUGAGAAUAAAUUCGUGUACUCGAUCAAUUUUGUGAAAUGUA